GAUUCUCGCCGCCGUCCCCAAGACCCCAUCUCGGAAUUCCGGCAACCAAUACAUUGCCACUACAGAUAUACAAACACAUUUAGAGAUAGGGGGAAGAGAGGCGAGUCAAUUCGCCGACCCCAAGCCCGAUUUCUGGAGCUUUAUAAACACCAAUCCUACAGAUUACGAAGGAGGUAUAGAGAAAGGGGGGAUAGAGAUGACUCUCGAGGUCGUCCCCAAGAAGGUGUUUCUAAGCUCCGGGAACCAUUGGAACGCCAUUUCUGCAGAGAUGAAAGAAGGUAUGAUAGAGAUUCUUCUCUGUGCAGUGAUGGUAGAGGAAACCGUGACCAUCAAAGUUGUUUCAAUCUAAGAGGUUCCAAUCUUAGAUGGAGUUCUCCUAAGGCUCUCAAUCGGAGACCUUACAAUUAUUCUCCAGAUGGACGGAAAUCAACCACCAUAGAACAGAGGGUUUCUGAAGUUGGAUACGGAGCUUUGCAAUUCAGUCACCCCCCUUGGCAGACUAGAAACUUGCACGCUCAUUUCCUGCUUGGUAAUGUUACCUAUACUCUUUUUCACUCUCAUCACAAUCAAACCUUCUGCCUGGCAGUAGAGGGCAAAAGCAAUAGUAUAAUUUGGUUCAACUAUGAUCUAUUCAGUUGGGUUUUGGAAUGCUUAUUGAAAAUUUACUCUGAGCCAAGUUGGGUGUUUAGUAAAUAUACUGGUAACAGGGAUAUGGUUGUGGCUGUUAACAAGGAAGCAAAUGAGAAUCAAGUAGUCAUUUUCGAAAAAAGAGUUGAAGGCAGCAGAAAGGUCUCUGUUCCAGUAGGGAACCAAUUCAAGGUGAUUAAAAACUUUGUCAAAAAUCUCCAACUCUUCUAUCGUAAAGCUAGGUAGAAAUCAAAAUUGGAUACACAAACUGGAAUGGCUUCGGAUUUUAGGGUCCAACCACAUUCUGGGAAAUCAGGCAACUGUGGAGAUUGGUAUCCAAUCGAAGAACAAACUCAACAAGUUGUUUCAAUCUCUAAAUCCUUACUGUGCUGGGAAAGUGAAUCUCCCCUAACCUCCAAUUUCUUUGAAGGGGACUUGGAACAAUUGAGCAAUGAGAGAGGGGUAUGGCAGGAACACUCUUGCUCCAAAUUAUUGUUUGCCAUGGACAUUUCAGUUUUUGAAUGUCAAACAAACAGUAAGGAAGAUACUCCAUUCUUUUUGGUUGGGAAGGAAGCUUCAGGGGCAGAUUCUAGAGCUUUAGGUCCUAAACUUUUAACAGCCAGACCUCGGAAUGAGGUGCUCAUCGGUUCCCCUUCGAAGCUAUCUCCAGAGGCCCCUUCGUUUAUCCCCAUUUCCUAUAACCCGUUUGGGGUACUAGAUUCCAAUGAGGACGUCAACCUUAAAGAACCUUUGGAGACACAUGCCAACAACUUUGGUGAAUCCAUAGAGAAGUUUAACUGCUCAUCUACUCAGCGGGUGUUGAAACUUAAUGCGCUUGAGGAUGCGCCCCCGGUAAAUGAUGAACCGGCCCUCUACACCCACUCGGAAGGGGAAACAACGGUGUUUAUUGAUUCCAUUCUUCAACCCAUUAGGAUAAACACCUCUAGAUGCUCUAAGGUGUCAAUGCAGCUCCCUAAAUUAAACAAGGGUAAGUCAACCUUUUCACCAUCUCACAUGGUUACUAGAAGUAGGGCUAAGUUAAUAUCUGCAGGAAGGAAAGAACACCCCAUUAAGGGAGUAGACACAUCUGAGGAUGAGUUUACCGUGGAGGGCAUUCGCUCUGCUUUCAAGGAAAGCUGCCCAACAAUCAAAGAGAGGAAAAUUCAACUUAAAGCUCCCCCUUUGGAACCACAUACAAAGCUUAGCAAAAAACAGAAAAGGAAGGCUAAGCUAAAACUCAAACAAGCCCAAGCUAUGGAGAUGACAAACUUAGCACUUGAUGCUAAAUACACAUUGGAUAAGACUGAUUUUGAGGAUGAAUAUGAUUUCUCAAAUUAAUUGUUGCUCUUGUAUAUGUUUUUUUAUAUCUAUUUUGGUCCUUUAGGGGCACGAACUUAGCUAUUAUAGCUUCUCGUUUUUCUUUUUAGCUUUGGUGGGCUUGUUGGGGAUUUAGCCCCCCCCUCCUAUUGUACUAUUUUCUUUAUCUAAUAAAAUCUUCUUUCUUUA